CUGAAAUGCGACCGACGAGAAUCAAUUGAUGCCACCGCCGCGCCUUGCACGAUCUCUGCGGCUAUGUCAUUCCCCAUGGAGCUCUCUCCAGAUCCGUUGGGCAUCCGAUGGCCCCCGCGACAAGUCCUCUCCUCCCCAAGAUGGCAAUCCACAAAAAGCCAGUGCAAACACGAAAUCCUUCUGGUGGACCUCAUUAUUCGGUAAGAUUCCAAGGCCAAUUCAGAAUGCCUCGCCUUCCCCCUCGCCAACAAGCGCCAACGAAGCGUCUCCCCAGCCAAACAGCGGCUCGGCACUUCUAAAGCAACCGCAGCCCACGCGCAUACAGAAUGCACCGAAGACUCCCUCGCCCGCGGGCAUUGAGGAAGGGACAUCCCAGCCUACUCGCCCUCCAGCAUUGCGAAUCGUUAAAUUCGCUACUUUCAAAGGCACAGCCACGGGUGCAAGAACAGAAAUGCAGCAUCUGAAGCAUGAAGUUCUGCAAUUGCGGAAGGAAUUGGCCGUUAAGUUGCCCCCCUCACCAUCGACAAAUCAGCUGGCCCCUUCGCUGUCCCCAAAACUGAGACAUGACAACGAGGCUCGGAGGAGGGGAAGGGAGCAAAUUGUCCGGACUGUGAUCGCGAACAACAUCGCCUCUGGUCAAAAUAAGCCGUCAUUGAAACCAGAAUAUCACCAUAAAGCUCAGAAUCCUGCGGGGGAAAUCGUGCCAAGCGCUUUCCAGUCCUCAGAGCAGAUAGAGGAAGCUGCUGUUGGGCGCAAGGAAAGACAAUCGCGAGCAGAAAGCACACCCCGGCAGGAGGGUGCAUCGCCAAGCACACAAUCCUCGAACUCAGCAGAAACGUCAUCGAAGCCUAAACAGCAUAGAAUAGAGACCCCGACCGGUCAGGUUAGAACUUCAGGCCGUCAAAAAAGACUAUGUGUCGAGGGGGGAAAGGAAGCCCAGAUGGUGGAGGACAAGACUGCAUUCCAGGCUUCGAAAUCUCAAGGACAUGUGCUCGUUGGUGAUUUCCAUUCACAUUCUGACGAUGAAAAAAUCGGCAAGGAGACGAAAAGUGACACCGAGCCUGAGAGGCCGAGACGGAGAAAGACGCGUCGGGAUCGGGUUCAAAUGAUGAAACGAGUGAACAAGCAAUUGAAGAAAAUAGGUGAUGAGAUUGCUUUCAUUCGCUCAGAUAUUAAUGUAAUUGCUGGAUCGAGUCUGGAGGGAAGCAGGGGAGAUUCGAAAGUGGCUUCGAAGGAAAGCAGUGAUAUGCGGAUGCACCCUCAAUAUCUGCCCACUCAACCAAGGCCUGUAGCACAAGCAGGACAUGUCAUCAAAGGCGAAACAUCCACCACCUAUGAGAGCUCGCGGGCAAGCAACUCGAAUAUUCAGACGGAGGACUCACACAAAGCCCCAUUCUCAGUCAAUGCGCCACGCAAACAAUUGAGUGGAACACCAGAGUCCACUCUGUCAACCGAAAAGCCGCAUGACGAGCAAUCCCUACUCGAAGAACUCUUCCCCGAAGCUAGCACGCCCAUUCAGCCACACUACCUAGCUGUUCCACAAAAGACCUAUCCCAAACUUGACCUUCCUGAUGAUGAAGGGUCUAUAGUCCGCAAAGAGUACUUCACGCCCCGAGAAUCACAACGCGAGCGCAUGAUAAAACGUUUCCAAAGCCGCGCAGAGUUCACCACGGUAUUACGAUUAAACCACUGCAGCACCGGGCUCACCGAGUCCGACUUCCGCCGUUUAAUACCCAAAGGAAAGCACAUCCAGAGCUGGGUGAGAGACGGGGAAUUCCACAAGAUAAUACCAGGGCGAGAUCCUCUAACACUCGAACGCCUGCCGUUCUAUUUCCUCCUCUUUAAGAGCCCCGAAUCCGCUCUAGCCUACCAAAAUAACGCCGCACGCCUCCACAAGCUCGCCGGCCUCCACCAAUCCACUUCCAUAUUCUCCGCAAUCCCUCCGCCGCAAGGCUUCCUCGAAGAUGGCGAAGACAUUAGCGCGGCACUCUCCUCGUACCUUCUUGCCCCAGCAACCCUAAAACUAAGUUUAAACAUGGUCAUGCAACCCUACCGUCCCUUUCUCCGGGAACUAAUCGAACAAGAAGGCUACAAACCCAUCGUCCCCAACACCGACGAAAACGGCCAGGAGAUCUCGAAAGUGCUAUUCUGGAUGUCCGGCUACGAACCCACAGUCCGCGACCUCUUCCACAUCUUCAGCCGCGAGGCCUACGACCGUGGCAUCCGCUGGCCUUUCUACAACGGCGAAGCGGGAAUCCAUCAUCUACGCAAUGUCGUUCACGUCAAAAAAAGCCCUUCCCAACUCCCACCUCUAGCUUCAAUUAAUAAUGCCGUAGGGGUUGUGGAUGCGCCAGCGUCCGACAACGUAAUGAUGGAUGCCAUGAUACGCGGUGCAGAGGAAAGGAGUCAUAAUCAAAUGGCCACAGGGAGGUUGUAUAAUCGUUGGGUGAUUGAGUUUACGGAUCAGGAUGCGGCGAAGAGGUUUGCGAGGAUUUGGGAUAGGAGGGUUUUGCCGCAUCCGAAGUAUACGAGCUGGAAGGAUGUGGAGGAGGUGAGGAUGUGUGGGACGGAGUUUCUUUGGUAGGGGAAUGCAAUGAGGUAGAUGGAUGGAC